GCUGAGUCACGCCCCCCAUCUAAACCUCUCGCAAGAAUCAAGCAAGCCAGCGCGUUAUAAAACCGAGCCCGGAAGCCGACCAUGUUCCCAUCUCACUCUCACCUGCAUACUUUUCCUCUUUCCCCUGCAUUCAUCGACUCGUGAUUCUUUCGGUCUUUCCUCUCCGCCAUGAUCUAAGCCCCUCCGAUGAUGCACGCCCCGGCGGCUUCAAGCUUCGCUCGGGCCUCCCGCUGCUCCUCCCGAAGGGCGACGGUCCGGUGCGCGGUGGCCGUCGCGUCGGCUCCGGUCGGAAGCUGCACGCUGUACGAGGUGCUGGGGCUGCGCGCCGGCGCUACGGGAAGCGAGAUCAAGGCCGCGUACCGGCGCCUGGCGCGGAAGCUGCACCCGGACGUGGCCGGCGCGGCCGGCGACGACGACUUCAUCCGGCUCCACCACGCCUACGCCACGCUCUCCGACACGGACGCCCGCGCGCGCUACGACCGCGACGUCGUCGCCCAGGCCUACGCGCAGCCGCCCGCCUCCAGGCCGUCGCCGCACAGCGUCUGGGGACGGCCUCGACGCACCUGGGAGUCCGACCAGUGCUGGUAGAUAGACCCGACCUUGAUCGGCAGCUUUUGGUCCUUGCAAAUACUGUAGCUGUACCUCCCUUGACAAAAUCGACGCCCCGCGCUCUCUAGCCGCCGUGCGGCCAUGGCCGAUCACCAUAGAAUUUUUGUUACGGUGAACCAACCAUGCGUCUGUACAUGUAACCUCCUCCGCUUCUCUGAUUUCUGAAUGUGCAGUGCAUCUUCAGAAAGAUAGAUAUGUACUUAGAAUCAAUCAACAUGUGUUGCUGAUAUGUAAUAGCAGCAGCAGUCUGAUCUUUCGGUUUGAGUAAAAUCUAAUCCCUUCUUGCCGAUGCCA